CGUUGAGAUCCUUGUGUGUGGUGAAUAAGCUAUGGUGAAUCCGUGUGUUUUCAGCGAUGAUGUAUAUAGCCCUGUAUUCUGGAGGUACAGCAUCGUGGUUGGCCGGCAGUCAAAGGGAGUGACCAUCCCGGGAUUUCCAGUAGAAAAACGCAGAAACGUCAGAGCCACACACCAACACCGCAGCAAGACACGGAAACCCCCUCUUCUCUCCUCUUCUUCUCUCUCUUCUUCUCUCAGCAUAAGACAGUGCAGGGUCCAUAUUCUCCAAGAAGCUGCACUAACGGAGAAUGUGGUUAUCACCCUGUUCUGGAAUCUCCGCUGCAUUCGAUCUUCUUAUCGUUCGGUUUUCCACCUUCUAAAACAAGAUAAUCAUCUUAUCUUUAGCCUAAAUCUCAAUUAUGGACAAGCACCCAGGCUCCAACAUGAUCAACCCCGCAUCCUACCAUGGGAAUCCCGCUGCACGGAGGUUGGACGGAGGAGGUGGCGGUCCGUGUCCGCACAGCCUGGGCUCGGAGGGAGUCACCGCAGGUAGCCGUGGUGGGGUGUCCGGGGGCAGCGGGUCUACUCCGCAUCAAGCCCACAAGCGGCGUCUGGAGGGGGUCCUCAAUAAAUACACUAACCUGCUACAGGGAUGGCAAAACAGAUAUUUUGUGUUGGAUCCAGACAUGGGUCAGCUGCAGUACUUUGUGAACCAGCACAGUAAGAAUCAGAAGCCCCGGGGGUCCCUGCCCCUCAUAGGGGCCUCUGUGGCCCCCAGCGAUGAACUACCACACAUGUUCACUGUCCACUCUGCCACUGGAGAGGCCUACAAACUCAGAGCGUCGGACGCUGGGGAACAGCAGCUCUGGAUGAGUCAGCUGCAGCUCUGUGCCCGGCGCCACUCUGACUCCAGUGCCAAGGGCACCUCCUCCUUCACUGCCUCCUCCUCCACCCAGGGCCGGACACGCAGCUUCUCCCUGCUCCCUCCUCCAUCCAGCCAACACCACCCUGCCUCGCCCGUCUCUUCCUCCUUCACCUCCACCACCUCCUCCUCACCUGGUACCCAGAGAAAGCCUCUCUACCCUGGGGUUGGAGGGGUCGUCACCAUCACCCAUCACAGAUCCCCUGCUGCGGCCCGCCGGGCCAGGACCCAGAACAACUACCACCACCACCAGAACAACCAGAACUACCACCCUGCUCCAGGGAGGCUGAGCCAGGUCAAAGAGGCGAUGACCCAGGCAGAGGGCCAACAGAAGAACCUGGUUAACUCUAUAGAGUCCCUGCCCUCCCGUGGUCCUCUGUCCUCUCUAGACCAGGACCUGCUCCUCCUCAAGGCCACGUCUGCAGCCACCCUCUCCUGCCUGGGGGAGUGUCUCAACAUGCUACAGCACAAUGUCAGCCAGGCCGCGCAGCAUGUCACCCUGGGUCGGUCAGACAGCCAGGACCGGAGUCAGAGCCAGAGUCCCAUCCACAAACAGACGUCCAGCCAGAGUAACAGCAACAUCUCCAGUCACACUCACAACCACAAACACAACCAGUUCAAGAAGCAGAUGAGCCUGGAUCCCAACCAUGUUCCCACUGGACCAUCAGACAGCUUUGCAGGAUGGCCUAGACCUCCCUCAGAGAAGCUGGUGAACAAUAGAGGAGUGACACCUGUUCCACAUGUUCCCUCUCCAGCCCACGUCGACAAGGAGAUGGCCAUCAACUCUGAGCCCCAGCACACCCACCCCUCCUCAGAGUCUAUAGAUCCCAGUGAAGAGACCACAGACACAGAGGACAAUGAGGAGGAGGACCUGGGAGUCAGAGAGGACCAAAGGAACAUUAUCCUUCACCUGCUGUCACAGCUCAAACUGGGCAUGGACCUCACACGGGUGGUACUCCCUACCUUUAUCCUAGAGAAGCGUUCCCUCCUGGAGAUGUAUGCUAACUUCAUGGCUCACCCAGACAUGUUCCUGGCCAUCACCACGGGAACCACCCCAGAGGAGCGCAUCGUCCGAUUUGUCGAAUACUACCUAACCGCCUUCCACGAGGGACGCAAGGGUGCCGUGGCCAAGAAACCCUACAAUCCCAUCCUGGGAGAGAGCUUCAGAUGUUCCUGGGACGUCCCCAGAGAGAGAGUCCACCCACUUAGGACCAUGAGCUCUGCCCCUAACACUACACCCACUUCAAACCCCACCCCUAAUCCCGCCUCUUCCUCUAGAGGCUCUUCCCCUAACCCCACCUCUUCCUCUAGAGGCUCUUCCCCUAACCCCGCCUCUUCCUCUAGAGGCUCUUCCCCUAACCCCGCCUCUUCCUCUAGAGACUCCCCCCGGACAGGGACGGAGGGUGAGGGGGCUCAGACAGUGGACUGUUACCGGGUAAGGUUCGUGGCAGAGCAGGUAUCACACCACCCACCUGUCACUGGGUUCUACUGCGAGUGUGAAGAGAGGAACAUGUGUGUCAACACCCACGUCUGGACCCGGAGCAAGUUCAUGGGCAUGUCCAUCGGAGUGUCUAUGGUCGGGGAAGGUGUUCUACAUCUGUUGGAGCAUGAUGAGGAGUAUGUGUUUACUUUGCCCUGUGCCUACGCCCGCUCCAUCCUUACCGUACCCUGGGUGGAGCUGGGAGGGAAAGUCACCAUCAGUUGUGCCAAGAGUGGAUACUCUGCCACUGUUACCUUCCAUACUAAACCCUUCUACGGAGGAAAGAUACACAGAGUGACAGCAGAGGUGAAGCACAACCCGACGGGGACCAUAGUGUGUAAGGCCCAAGGGGAAUGGGAUGGCACCCUGGAGUUCACCUACAGCAGUGGGGAGACCAAGGUCAUCAACACCUCCAAGCUGCCUGUCAUCAGGAAGAAGAUACGACCCAUGGAGAAACAGGGACACUACGAAUCACGGCGUCUGUGGCAGCAUGUUACCUCAGCUCUCAGGUCAGGAAACAUUGACUCUGCUACAGAGCACAAACAUUGUCUGGAGGAGAGGCAGAGAGCAGAGGGCCGACAGAGAGCUGCCUCCAACACACCCUGGAAACCCAAAUACUUCAUCAAGGAGGGCGAGGGCUGGGUGUAUCACAACCCCUUGUGGAAGACCCACUGACGAGGGGAGGGGCCUCUGGGGGGGAGGGGCAACAUGCCAGCUGCCGAUCACAGCACAGCGAGCGGCCCGCUGGUGGUCAUGGCAACACUCACAGGGGACCAGCUAGCCAGCCGCUAGAGAACUGACCAGAAAUACAAGGGGGUGUGUUCCAAAUGAUACCCUAUUCUCUGUACAGUGCACAACUGCAAAAGGAGUGCUCUAUACAGGGAGCAAGGUGCUAUUACAGAUGUGCCAAAGGACUGUCUUGGAUGAGGAGAUUACACCUCAGUCAUCUCAUUAAGAAUGAGAGGUGCCAAAGACUGUCAGAGGGACAGGAACCACAGUCGGACAGCAAGCUCACUGCGUUUCCUAUCAGAAGCUGACCUGCUCCAUACGAUCCAGGAAACUCUGCGGCCAUUUAGGAGAUGGACCAGUUCGAACCAGGAAGAGGUUGGGAGGGACAGAGGAUGAGCGUGAUCGUUGGUGAUCAACGAUAGCUGAACAAUUAUGUAGCUUUUUGAUAUAUAGUACAAUCCAAAUACCAGGAUAAUAGAUUAUAUUCACAUGCUUCUUCCUUCACUUUUAAUUUGUUUGCACAGGUACUGUAGCAUACUGUAGCUGUCUCCAAUGUUAUUAGUCUAAAGGCCACAGGAGAGAUUGUCCUUCCAGCUGUAUCCAAUGUUAUUAGUCUAAAGGCCACAGGAGAGGUUGUCCUUCCAGCUGUAUCCAAUGUUAUUAGUCUAAAGGCCACAGGAGAGGUUGUCCUUCCACUGUAUGAUGUAUGUAAGAUCCAAUGAUGUAGGAUUUGUUCAUAAUAACACACAACACCAUACAUACUUUAUAGAGAAGAGUCUUCCUUCAGCCCUUCUGUUGUAUGACCAACAGUAUAUACGUACAGGUAUGUAUGCUUGUCACACUUGACUUGGACACUGUGGAUAACAGCAUACCACAGUAUAGAACACCGUAUCCUUCAGCCCAGAAUGAAGAAUGUAAUCAGAGGUGAACACUGCUAUAAUGUCAAACUUAAAGCCACUUCCCCAGCCCAAACCAGCUCUCUCAGUAUUCACACUAACAUUGUAGUGAUUGUAACCAUGAAGUAGCCCGGUGCUCCAGUCUGUUUGUCCUUUAUAUGGCCUAACCUUGAAAAUAUCUUUAUAGGGUCUAAUUUAUAACCUUGAAGACAUCUUUAUAGGGUCUAAUUUAUAACCUUGAAGACAUCUUUAUAGCGUCUAAUUAGUUACAACUCCAACCGUAUCCAGGAGGUACAAAUCCAACCUUAUCCAGGAGGUUCAAAUCUAACCGUAUCCAGGAGGUACAAAUACCAUGUGACACCAGGGUCCAGGAGAAAUCCACCCAGAGAUAAUCUGUAUUUGGACUCAGAACUACUUUUCGAAAAACAGUUUAUCUUACAUGAUUUACUCCCAAGGCACCCUACUGUUCAUUCUCAUAUAAGUGUCCCAAAUGGCACCAUAUUCACUAUACUGUAUAGUCCACUAAUGUUGACCAAGACCCAUAGGGCUCUGGUCAAAGGUAGUGCACUUUGGCUGCGUUUAGACAGAUGUUUUUUUUUUUUCACUAAUUGG